GUUUUACCUUUUCUUCCUUUUUCUCUUUAUUUAAUCAUUGCUCCUUAAACUCCAAAAAAAAGCAUUUUUCUUGGGAAUCCGAGAAAGAUGGAGACCUAUCAAUAUUCAAAAAUCCUAUUUUUUUUGUGUUCAUCUCUCUUCUGUAAUCCGCCAUUAAACUAACAUACCGAACUAAGCUCCAAAUUUCCCGAUUCCCCAUAGCGUUCACUGGCACAACGUCAAUAACAAAAAGGGCAAUAAAGAAAAAGGGGGUUUCAGUUCAAUUCUAUCUAACGCCAACCCAAUUUUCUCCUUGUGUUUUCCGUCUUUCUUUCACUCACUACUCAGUUCUUUACUCUCAACUUCUCAAAACACCCUUUUGUUAUUCUCCUUCUUUUUCCCCUUUUCUCUUCAAUUCCCAUCUGGGUUUUCGCUGCCGAUCCCGUUUCUUCCAUGGAGGAUUCUUCCCGGAAAAAACCCAGUUCCGUCUGGGAGCCUCGGUCUCGUCGAAGAUCUUGGUGUUGUUCUUUUGCAGUGCCGCCUUCCAGUCCUGAUAACUUUUUGGUUUCUCGGUCUAGAACCCCUCGUACUAAGUCUGAGAAUGUGGCUAAACCUAGUGUGUCUGUGCCUAAUUCGCCUCAGAGUUCCAAAUCUGGGUUGGGUUUAGUCGGUCGGAUUGACCCAAGAAGGAUCUUGUCUCCCGGCAGAGUUUCGCCGAUCGAUUCUGACCAGAAUGUUGAAAGUUUAGCGCAAGAAAUGAGAACUGAGAACUCUGCUGUUGUUGAUUCCAUCGUUCAACCGCGAGUUGAGAGCUUUCGGGCUCCGAAGGAAAAGUAUCGGGAUCCUCCAGCAAGCUUGUCGCGCUCUGGUUCAGCUGUUGGGUGUGAUAAGAAGGAUAUUUUGUUCGAUGUGAGAUUGAAUUUGAGAGCAAAGAAUGGUGGGUGCUUGGUUUUGGAGUUGAAUUCAGAAGCGUUGUGUGCUAAUUCAGAGGUUUUCUCUGAGCUGAUUGUGAAACAUAAGAAGGAUUUAGGAUCAAAUGGCAGCCCUUCGCGUUCUAAAUUGUGUAGAAUCGAAGUUCCUGAGGUGGAAAAUUUGGGGGUGUUUAGGGAGACGAUUGAGCUGAUGUUUGAAGAUAAUAUUUCAAAACGACUCUCGAAGAUCGGCGUCUAUCGAGCUAUCGACAUACUUGAGGUAUCUGCAAGUAUCAUGUUCACAAAGUGUGUUGCUUCAUGCUUAAAGUACUUGGAGGCUGUGCCUUGGACAGAGGAGGAAGAAGAGAAACUAAGGAAUCUGUUUAUAAAAGUCAAGUUUGAUGAUGCAACAAGUAGAGAUGUCAUGGCUAGACUACGCUUGCUCGAUUCAGUAAUUUCACAGCAAGGCGUAGCCAGCAGGCUUGUUUGGUCUAUUUCCACGUGUUCGAAUUCCAUUGCAAGAAAUGAACUGAAAUCUUUAGUCAAAGGUCUUCUGUGCAAGAGUUCAGUUUAUGAGAAAGAUCAUCUGGACCUCAGUGAAGAGGACCUCUAUGCAGUUUUCCAUACUUGUAUAGCUUCAUUAGUCAGUCUUUUGAAGGGAUCCUCCCAUGCCGUCUGCCCCGAAACACAUGUAAAGAAUAUAACCGAGAAGCCAUUAAUUGAACAGAUCGCUACGGAGGUAGAUACCAUCAACUGGCUGCUUGAAAUUUUACUCGAUUGGCAAAUGGCUGAAGAAUUUGUCAAUAUAUGGGCAGAACAGAAAGAACUGAUUAGAAUGCACGAUAACACUUCACCUAUGGUUAGGUACGAGCUCAGUCGGGUUUCAGCAAACUUAUUCAUUGCAAUAGGGACAAGAAAAUUGAAUUGUCGUUCGGAAACAAGGUCUGGACUGCUGCAAGCGUGGUUUGGUCCAAUGCUACUAGAUUUUGGUUGGCUACAACGCUGUAAAAAAGGCCUAGAUAUGAAAAUGCUGGAAGAAGCCAUGGGUCAGGCAUUACUUACUCUACCUAUGAAACAACAGCAUUUGCUAUUUAUGGACUGGUGUAGGUUCUUCUCGAAACGUGGUACCGAGUGCCCUAAUCUCAGCAAGUCGUUCCAAAUAUGGUGGCGUCGUUCAUUCCUAAGAGGUUCUGAGACCUACUCCAUUGAAUCUAGGUAGCUCCUCUCCUCUCCCUUCACCCACUUCUUGAGUUAUAGCCAAAGUGAAGCAGUUGUGUGUACACCUUAAAGUUAACAAUAGGGUUGUUGUAACAACUUUUAGAGCAACAGACAGAGUUUAUAAUUUGUAAGUUACUUUGUGGAAAUUAUAUAUCUUCUUUAGUGAAA